UCGAUCUCAAACGAUCGCGGACCACCGAGAAAGUCAGUUGUGCCGAGAGAAGGACGCCCCAGGUUCGAUCCCCGCGCGGUUUGUGUCGCGUCGCGAGUUCAAAUCAGGUUUUUUCUUCUUUACUCUAUCUGUGUGUAGAGGUGUUCUGCAGUGUUGUUCAGCUUUGUGUGUUAAGGAGAGGGUUUUCCAGAAGAAAAGAAGAGACUGAAACUUUGAGGUACGUGUAGUUUGCUGCUGGUCGUCCACUGAAAUCUAGACCACCAUGGCAAGCCGGAAGAUCCUGCUGGUGACCCUGGCCACCGGGUUCGUGGGUCUGCUCUUCCUAGCCCAGUACGCGUACGCCUGCAACGAGAUGGUCUGCGCCAGCAUCGUGUCCAAGUGUAUGCUAACCCAGAGCUGUAAGUGUGACAUGAAGAACUGUUCGUGCUGUAAGGAGUGUUCCGAGUGCCUCAGCUACCUGUACACCGAGUGCUGCAGCUGUCUGGAGAUGUGUCCCAAGCCGAACGAGACGACCAACGAGUUGAGCAAGCAGUCCCACGUGGAGGAGCUGGAGGGUUUCCCGAACCUGUUCAACGUGCUGACGGCGGAGGAGGACCCGGAGGAGCGGUGGAAGAUCUACACGUUUCCGAUCGAUUUCGACGCGGCGCUGUACGGGUCCAACGGGGAGAGCGGAACGAAGUAUAUUAUGCACUCCAGCGAUAACGAUCUAAAGCCGCGCUACGACGACUCGUCCAAGAUCACGGUCAACUGCACCGUCGCGUACAUGUCCCAGUGCAUGUCGUGGAACAAGUGCAAGGAGAGCUGCCAGACGAUGGGUGCCUCCAGCUAUCGAUGGUUCCACGACGGCUGCUGCGAGUGCGUCGGCCAGACGUGCAUCAACUACGGCAUCAAGGAGUCCCGCUGCCGGGAGUGCCCGGAGAACAAGGACCUCGAUCUGGACGACUUCCCGAACGAGGACGAGCUGGACUAUGGGGACGGGGUCGGUCCGCUGGACAACGGUGGGGUGGAGUCGACCAAUAUCUGAAUUUCGGUGCGGUUGGCAGCGUUGGUGGUCGCGGCCGUGGCUUGGGGAUGGAACUGAAGUGAGGAGACAGUCUGGACGUAAACACAUACAGAGUCAUGAUGUGCCUUAUUAGAGAGAGUGAUGUUCGAGGGACUUACUUAGCGAACGGGGAACAAAAGUGUGCAGUGCAGUAUUUGACGGUUUUUAAUUAUGUGUAUUAACGAUUGGGAAACAGAAAGUAUUUAAAAAUGUGUACUUGAACAAAAUGAAUAGCAGUUAGGGGUUGGAGUUUUAAGUUUUAUUGAACGGACAGUGCAGUAGCAGUGAUUGAUGCGGUGAUUGGGCCGCGAAAUAUUUUCUAUUCUUAACUUUUAAGUAUUGUGUCGCGGUGGAAAAGUGAGCUCAAUCAAAAGUAGAAGGACUUAUUUUUAUGACUUUUUAUGUAAAAUAAAAUCUUAAAUGUGUACUCA